UUUCGCUCAUUUGUGAAUGGUCACAUUCCCCUUCCUGUUGGAGCUUCCUUCACGGACAGACAGGCAGGUCCAGAAACUGGACGGCCCUGGGAACUCCUGGCCCCUCGGACAUGGAGAGGCUGUUGCUGCUGCUGCUGCCCCCGCUGUGGGCGGGGCCCCUGCAGAAGGAGUCACCAUACCAGCUGCAAGUGCAGGGGUCGGUGACGGUGCAGGAGGGUCUGUGCGUCUCUGUGCCCUGUAAGAUCUCCUACCCCCGGCUUGACUGGACCGACUCCACACGUGUUUACGGGUCAUGGUUCCGGAAAGAGGAUAGAUCCCAAGAGGACGUUCUUAUGGCCACAGACAACUCAACCCGGGGUGGAAAGAAGAAGAGAAAUAUCCCAUUCCACCUCCUCGGGGACCCCAGGGCCAACAACUGCUCCCUGGGCAUCGCAGACGCCCGCAAGAGGGACAGUGGAAACUAUUAUUUUCAGCUGGGAAGAGAAGCUGCAGAACACAGUUACAAGAAUAACCAGCUCACUGUGAAUGUGGUCGCGCUAACAUGGACUCCCGAUGUCCACAUCAAGGAGCCCCUGGAGUCCGGCUCCAGCAGCCGCCUCAAAUGCUCCCUGCCUGAGACCUGUGACUGGGCCACGCCUCCCACCAUCUCCUGGACCGGGGAUGCCCUCAGACCCCCGGGACUGGACUCCAAGGAGGCCUAUAACUCCCCGGAGAUCUUGCUCACCCCCCGCCCGCAGGAUCAUGGCACGAGCCUCACCUGUCGGGUGACCUUCCGCAGGGCUUCUGUGAGCGCAGAGAGGACUGUCACGCUCAACGUGUCCUAUCCCCCCCAGAAGCUGACCAUCAGCGUCUCCGGAGGAAUUGGCACAGAGCUGGAACACCUGCAGAACGGCUCAUCUCUUCCUGUUGUGGAGGGAGACUCUCUGCGCCUGGUCUGUGACACCGACAGCAACCCCCCGGCCUCACUGAGCUGGUCCCAGGGGAGCCGGACCCUGAGCCCCUCACAUCCCUCGAGCCCUGGGGUCCUGUCCCUGCGACGAGUGGAGUCGGGCCACGAUGGUGAGCUCACCUGCCGAGCUCAGCACCCUCAGGGCUCCUUGUGGGUCUCCCUGCAUCUCUCUGUGCAGACCCGCCCGCAGCUGCUGGGCCCCUCCUGCUCCCAGGAGGACGAGGGUCUGCGCUGCAGCUGCUCCUCCCGAGCCCGGCCGGCCCCCUCCCUGCACUGGCGGAUCGGGGAGGGGCUGCUGGUGGGGGAGCUCAGCAACGCCUCCUUUGAGGUCAGCUCCAGCUCCGCCGGGCCCUGGGCCAACAGUUCCCUGAGCCUCCGAAAGGGGCUCAGCUCCGGCCUCAGCCUCAGCUGCGAGGCCCUGAAUGUCCACGGGGCCCGGAGCGGGUCUGUCCUGCUGCUGCCAGGGAAGCCCAGGCUUGGAGGAGAAUUUGUUCUGGGGGCCAUCGGGGGAGCUGGCGCCGCUGGCCUGCUCAGUCUCUGUUCCUGCCUCAUCUGCUUCACACUGAAGACCUGCAGGAAGGCAGCCCGUGAGAAGGAUGAACCCUGCACACUGGGUCCCACCUCCCAGGGUUACCAGGAUGAGUGUCCUCCAGGCAGCCCCCUGGCCUACCCGCCCCCAGCGGCGGCUGCCCCCCUCUCAGGGGAGGAACAGGAGCUUCAUUACGCCUCCCUCAGUUUCCUCGAGCUGAGACCCUGGGAGCCUCGGGACCAGGCCACCACCAGCACCACCGAAUAUGCAGAGAUCAAGAUCCUUAAAUGACAACCCUGCCUCCCGCAACCUUCUGCAACCUCUGGCUGGGGGACCCAGGGCUUCUCAGGGAAGAGAGACAUCAGGGAUGAUGCCUGAGAGAACAGUUUUCCAUGUACAUGGGCUACCAACUAGCAUAUGCAAGUCCCGCUGGUGGGGUGAUGGGCGGAACUGGGCUCACGUCUCAGACCCGUCACCAAACACGCGUCUGAGUUUGAACACAUCACCUUCCUUCUCAGCCUCCUACUCUGUAAAAUGGAUAUCACAAACCUAACUCACAGGGUUGUUGUGGGCAUCAAGGCAGUAAUUAACAUAUAGUGUCCAAUGGGGGUGAAUGUGCAAAGGGCAUCGCACCCAAGGUCAAACCUCUUCCCUGGGCAACCUGCUGGGAUAAGGGUCUGGCAUGCUGGGCCAAAUGGGGACCACUCUGCAGGGCUAUCUAGCUCCAGAGGUGCCUUCCCCCACUCCCAAGGCUGAGCAGAGGUUGUCAUUAGGCAGGAUCACAUCCCUAGGCUCCAUGUAGCCCACCCCUUCCUUCCCUUCCACUCACACUCACCCCUGGGGCACUUCCUAUGAACACACUGCAAACUGGACUUUCUCUGAGCCUGCUUCCUGGAAACCCAACUUGUCUAUUUUCUCGGACACAAAAAUCAUUCACUGAUUAUCUGAAAUAAAUGACAAGGGUUCUUUUUAA